GACUCUGAUGAGAACCAAGAAAACUCUCUCCGCGAACGUUCCUGAUUUGCUCCACUUCAUCUGAACAUAGUGAGCAUCUUCUUUUCUUCAAGAAAGCGCUUCUUGUCGUCAUCCCUCUCUUCAGUUCCAUGUAGCCUUGAAGGGUUUCGUUAGUGACAGAGGAGUACUUCCUGAGCAUGGGAGGGAAUAACCGCUGCGUGGGUGCGCUAAACGUAGCCAGAAUGACCGUCACGCUGUUUGCAAGCUGCCUUUGCCUGAUCAGUUUCAUUCAGUUUUCAACAGGACAACCGUUUGCUGAUUUGGAAUGCGAGGUGAAAAAGGCAGCGCUAGCGUUCGGUGCCGAGCGCACUGGGACGAAUUUAGCGGCUCUGGAGAGGGGUCUGAACUUUGCGGACAAUUGCUCACACCAUCUUCCGGCGCAAGACGACACUCGUCCACCUAGCGAACACAUACCUCGUAUGUCAGCUAGCGCUCUUCGAUUGUUUGUAUCACCGAGUGGAGACGACCAUAAUCCCGGCACAACACCAGAUAAACCCUUCAGCACGCUAGCUCAGGCUCGCGACGCUAUUCGCUAUCAUAAACGACAACAGCUAGCGAGCAACUCGAGCAGUGUGUGGGCAGGUGCGGUGGUGAAUAUUAGCGAUGGAAAAUACUUCAUGAAGCAUCCAUUGCAUCUGUCUGUGGAAGACAGUGGAAGCGAAGACGCACCAAUACUCUACACGGCCUCGCGUCCGAAUGGCAAGGUUACUCUGAGUGGUGGAACACCGCUCACGUUGUCCUGGACAAAGAGCAAAACAAAUACAAACGUCUUCCAGGCCCAGGUACCAGAAGGCAUGACGUUCACCACUCUGUUCGUCAACGGCGUUCGGCAGAUCCGUGCACGCUACCCCAACGGUGAUCCUCAGCAGAUGUCCGGCGUGUGCUAUUAUGUCAGUCAAGAGGGCGACGAAGGUUGUCAAGGUUACGCCACGGCGAGCGGUGCAAUAUCCGAGGACGCCAGGCUUGACCAACUCUUCAAAGAUCGCCAAGACGGUAGCGUGGCGGAAGAUCUGGACGCUUCUCAAGACCUCCACUCGCACUCGACACUGCAGACAGCAGCAGCAGCAGCGCCCUCACCCAGUGACACGAUGAUAAGUGUGGAUAAACCAGUUCGUCCACAUCAUGUCACUGGUGAUGAUCACUGGCCAUCAUUCCACUAUCAUACGUACUCCGCUCUAGACGGUGUGCCCGGACUUCAGCCCGUCUACUCAUUCUGGAACGAUCCAUACCGUGAUCGGCCAAAGGGAAUCAAAUACGGCGCAGAGAUGGCCAACAGGACGGCAUCGUGGAGCAAUCCCAGUACCGGCGUUGUUCAUAUGUUCCACACUCAGUACUGGGGAAACUGGAUGUUUCAGCUUGACAGCGUGAAUACAAAGAAACACGAGCUGUAUUUUAAGUACGGUGGUUGGCAAGAAGCGCGCGGUGGAAAUGCUGGUAAGAAUCAUUACUACGUUGAGAACAUAGCCGAAGAGUUGGACUCGCCGGGAGAGUGGUUUUUGGACACAGACACAUCAACACUCUAUUUCUACCCCAACGCCACACAAUGUGCUGAUCUGCAGCAUGCUGAAGUGGUUGCUCCGCAGCACUUCAGUCUAGUGCAGUUACGUGGCAGCGGUUCCUCACGUCCCGUCAGGAACAUCCACUUUGCCGGUCUGACGUUCACUGAAACGCGUACCACGUUUCUGGAUUACUACGAGGUGCCGUCGGGCGGUGAUUGGUCGAUACAUCGCAACGCCGCGUUCUUCAUUCAAGACGCCUCGGACUGUACGGUGACGAAUUGUACGUUUGACGCGGUCGGCGGCAACGCUAUCUUCCUGUCCGAGUAUGUACGCAACUGCACCGUAUCGCACAACGAGAUCACACUGACAGGCGACAGUGCCGUCGUGGCGGUCGGGCGUGCGGGUAUGAUGGACGGCAUGCAGCCCUCGUACCCGGCCCGUAAUCUCAUCAGCAACAAUCACAUCCACGAUUUCGGUAUGUACGGCAAGCAAGUCUCCUGCUACUUCCAGGCGUUAGCCUGCGGGAACAUGUUCGUAGACAAUGUCUGUUAUAACGGUCCCCGUGCUGGUAUCAACUUCAACGAUGGCUUUGGCGGUGACACUCUCCUGCGCGGAAACCUGAUCUUUAACAUGGUGCGUGAGACCGAUGACCAUGGGAUGUUUAACAGCUGGGAUAGACAACCCUACAUCACGCCAGCACAGUGUACCGAUGGGCCGCCAAGUAUCGUGCCAGCGCCGAAUCACAUCACGCAGAACUUCAUCAUCAAUGGUUACGCAGGCCGCUGGUCUAUUGACCACGAUGACGGGUCGGCGUACUACAACAACAGUGGUAACUUUAUGGUGUUUGGCGGAGUGAAGGCAUACCUAGGGCACGACAAGAUGACCGGACCGGGCAAUGUCAUCGUCUAUCCGGGAAUACCCGCUCGUUCGGCUGGCAAACGUGCCUGUCAGUGUGAUGAUAACGGUGAGUUUGCCGAUCAGUACUACAUUGGUAACCAGUGCUUCACGCCCGAUGGUGUCUUCUACACGCUGUACAAAUGUGACCCGCAAACCCUCGCACAGCACGUCUUCCAAACAAGGAACAACCGUCACUACUCACCCCAGGCAAACUUCCGUGUGCAGUGCGGCAAGAAGACGUUUACGUUCGCCGAAUGGCAGGCGGCCGGCCAGGACUUCAAUAGCUCUGUGUCUGACCUACCGUCACCUGAGCAAAUAGUCGUCAUUGGCAUGAGUGUUUUGCAGCAAGUCUGAGAUAUAAAAUUAAUGAUCUCAGUUUUGUGCCAUUUUGUCGCACUUGCUGACUGUUUAAGAUCUGGUUACGUUGGUGGACCGUUGGUCAUAACUCGUAACAUUUUGUCCUUCUUCUUUUCACAAUAAUUUAAUUGGCUCACCAUCCGAGCUGAAUAUUGCACACCUGAUGAGCCGUCAUGACCUAUACGGCGAAACGUAUGUCGUUUGGAACUACUUGUUAUUGUACAUAACUAGUCCAUCAUACAUGAUAGUGGAGUUCAGUAGGAUGUUGACGUUUUGGUUUGUCACAAUUCGUCUUCGCUUAGCUUCCCCUUUCUACGUUUAUUGCAUAAACUUGAGCCUCCCAAGUUGGGUGGUCUGUUG